AUGUCUGGGCGUCUCUCUUCCGAUCGCUCGCGUUCCUUAUCGCAAUCCUCGCAGUCUCUCCCUCAACGACACUCUCAAGGACUGGAUUCCGACUCAAUGCAUCAUCGUUCUCCCUCCGGUCGCUCCUCGAACGUUAAUGUCUUUUCAGAUGAAUACUCACUGGAACCGAUUGACUCUGAACAGUCUACCCUUACGCCGCGCAGCCCCUCAAUUUCGUCCACCGCUUCAUCUCAUACGCUUCGUUCGGCUGCCCUUCCUCCUCAGAAAACAUACAACACCGUGCCCAUUGAUCCUCCAGAUGUGAUCGAGAAUCCAUUUGGCGAUGAUGCUAGGGUCUCCUUCGAUGAUACCCCCCAUCGAUCAAGUCUACCGCAGAAAGGGGGAUUGGAUUUUUCUACCCGUGACUCGACUGCUUCCAACAACACAGAUGCCUCCGUGGCUCGCCGCAGUCAAAGUACUUCCUCGCGGUUCUCCUUACCAACUCGCGCAAUGAGUCCUUACACCGGAGCAACUGGUCCCAGUCACCCAUAUGCGAUGUAUCCACAGGUCGGUGUCAGCCGAUCGCCCAGCAUUGCUACUACAUCAACUGUGCGACCGAUGGAGCGACCGUUGGGCGAUUCAAACGCGCCACAACACCCAUAUGCCAUGUAUUCGCAAGCUGUCGUGCCAGAGGAGGCAUUGGAUACUCCCAUUCAUAAUCCGGUGAUCCCGCUCGGAUUUCCCGGGCACGAGCAAGCCUAUCAGCGACCCCCUGGCCGUGCUGAUGACGAUGUUGGAGAUCUCAUAGGGCCUGAUGGCCAUACCGAACAACUUCCUCCUUAUUCACGGUACCCUGACGGGAUUCUACCGAAGGAGGAAGGCACACCGGAGUCUGGAGUUGGUGCUGGCAUCAUCACAGAAGAAAUAGCGCGUAGUACGUCGCGAGAGCCCCCCGUCUCAGAGACUUCCUCUAGGACUUUAGUAGCGGCAAAUACGGGAAACUCGGUGAAUGGGAAUCGAAACCCUCCUGAAGAACAUGAGGAGCAGCCCGCUACGGGCGUUAUGGCGUUUGAGGAAAAGUUGAAAAGCAAAGGCAAGAAGAGGGUGUGCUGCGGAUUGCCGAUCUGGACACUGGUUCUUAUCAGCAUCGUUAUCUUUGUGGUAGCGUGCAUUGCAGGUGUCAUUGGGGGCGUUCUUGGGGCGAAAAAGGCGGCGAGAGAGGAAAGCUCGAAACCCAAAGGUCCUUACAUCGUCACGGUGACAGCUACGCCCAGGGCGGAUGCGACGCCCAUCUCAUCGAUGCCGGCGAAUGUGUUGCCUGUGCCGACCGGCGAGUUCCUCAUUCCGGCCAAUCCCAAGAACCAGUCGAAAUUUUGCAUUGCUGAGUCGGCUUACACAGCAUCAUGGGGCUGCAUUGGCCGCAGCAAAAUCCCGAUCAUAGUUCAGGGAGGGGAUGGUCAUCGGCACAAUAUCACUUUCGAACAACGACCCCUGAGCUCUUCAUUCUCCUAUGGUGCCCAGGCACCGGUUUUGCCCCAGACCCAGCAACUGACCCCGGCCUACGAUUCGGGCGACAUGGCCCUAGGCCCUGCCCUUACUUUCUUCACCUUGUUUGACAAGCUGGUUAUUGUCCCCCAAGGGACCUUCUCUUCGAAUUAUGCAUCGAAGCGCUCCGUCUCAGAGCGCGACGUGAUGGCUGAAUCUUUCCAUCGCAAGCAGACAGUGCAAGCAGGCGAUCGACCGUGGUUUUGUUGGUGGAAUGGCACCAUGAUGGAAUUCUUUUUGUACACGAAUCAGACAUCCAAGAAUGCUCGGCAGAGCUCGACGGCUUCAUCCGCACCGGGCGAAACGUCGGCCGCUCAGAAUGGGAAGAGAGGCACGACAUCUGUUGAUUCUUUAUCUGACUAUCCUCGCCGGAUCAAAAUAGAGGAGAAGCGAAACCACCCUGGUUCCCGAGCGCCCUACUGCCAGCAGAUGCAGGUGUUGGACGACGGAUCGAUAGCAACGGCUUCCCCCGAGAGAAUUGAGAUCAAGGAAGUGGAACCGACACCGACAACGACCCUCAAAGGCUAUGGCAGUGCGACUCAAACCUACACAGCCAAGGCACAAUAUGAAAGUGUGUGCUACUGCGCAUCAUUGACCGAUUAG